AUGUUCCGAAAAAUGUUAUAUUUACAGAAGAUAGUCAUAUUGCCGAAAUUUCCUUUUCUAAAUUUUUCGAAUGUUUAGGUGGAGGUACAUUUGAAUAAAUAAUCGAAAAAAAUAAACAAUCUUAUGAGGUUAAAUAUAUGGUUAAAAAUGAUACUGGAGAAUAAAAAAACAAUAUGA